UGCCCCGGCGCCGGGGGAGGCGUGGCGAGGAGCGCAGCGCGCUUCGCCGGGGCGGGGGGGCUUGUUUGUUUGUUUCCUGCCCCAUCCCAUUUUUAUGAUUGCGAAGAGGAAGAAGCCUUCAGGUCAGCCGGAGAACUGCUCGCCCGGCGGCCGGCGGACAAGGGCUCCUUUGAUCGGCGGCGGGCAGCGCCCGGGCUCUGAUGUCCCGGCGAUGCGGGCGCCCCGCGGCCCCGCCGCUGCCCGCGGGCGCUGAGCCCCGCCGGCGGCUGCCCGGCACAGCCCCGCCAGCCUGAGCUGAACCCAAGCCCGAGCCCCGGCCCGAGCCCGAGCCCCAGCCCGAGCCGGAGCCCCAGCCCCAGCCGGCGCCGCCUCCCCGCGGGCCCCGCGGGCGCGGACCCGCCGGCUCGGGGCGUCCCCGCCGCCUCCGCCCGGCGCCGCCCGGGGAUGUGCGAGGCGGCUCCGCGGCCGGAGCCCUGCGACCACCAGCGGACGCUGGGUUAUGGGCAAGUCGGAAAGCCAGAUGGAUAUAACUGAAAUGAAUACUCCAAAACCCAAGAAGAAACUGGGAUGGAGUGGCCUGGAAAUAGGGCUGGCAGUGGUGGUGGUGCUGCUGGCCAUCGUGGCCAUCACCAUGAUCGCCCUGUACGCCACGUACGACGAUGGCAUUUGCAAGACACCAGACUGUAUCAAAUCAGCUGCCCGGAUCCUGGAGAACAUGGACCCCAGUGCCAGGCCCUGCCAGGACUUCUACCAGUACGCCUGCGGAGGGUGGCUCAAGAGGAACGUCAUCCCCGAGACCAGCUCCCGUUAUAGCAACUUUGACAUUUUGAGAGACGAACUAGAAGUUGUUUUAAAAGAUGUCCUCGACACCCCCAGCACCAACGAUAUCCCAGCGGUGCAGAAGGCAAAAACCCUGUACAGGUCCUGCAUAAAUGAAACUGCCAUUGAUAUCCGAGGUGGAAGGCCUCUAAUUAGUUUAUUGCCAAAUGUGUCUGAGUGGCCUGUAGCAACAACAGACUGGGAUGCUUCCUAUGGUACUGCUUGGACAGCUGAGACAGCUAUUGCACAGCUCAACUCCAGAUAUGGAAAAAAGGUCCUUAUUAAUUUUUUUGUUGGCACAGAUGAUAAAAAUUCCACAGCACAUAUCAUUCACAUCGAUCAGCCUGGGCUGGGCCUGCCUUCUCGGGACUACUACGAGUGCACUGGGGCAUACCAGGAGGCAUGUUCCGCCUAUGUUGAUUUCAUGAUUUCUGUAGCUAAACUAAUCCUACAAGAAAGAAAUAUUUCUGUCAAUGAGAGUGAGAUUUCUGCACAAAUGAGAAGAGUUAUGGACCUGGAGAAAGAGAUUGCCAAUGCAACAACAAAAUCUGAAGACAGAAAUGAUCCACUUCUGCUGUACAAUAAAAUGACCUUGGCACAACUCCAAAACAACUUCUCACUGGAAAUCAAUCAUAAGGUGUUCAACUGGUCAGAAUUCAUAAAUGCCAUCAUGUCAACUGUGCAAAUCAACGUUGACAACACGGAACACGUCAUUGUUUAUGACCCUGACUACCUUGUCAAGCUCAGGUCUAUUCUCGUAAAAUACUCUUCCAGAGACCUUCAGAAUUACAUGGCCUGGCGAUUUGUCAUGGAUCUUGUCAACAGCCUCAGCCGGGACUACAAGGACACGAGGAAUGCUUUCCGUAAGGCCCUCUAUGGCACCACCUCCGAGACGGCCGUGUGGCGCCGCUGCGCCAACUACGUCAACGGGAACAUGGAGAGCGCCGUGGGCCGGCUCUACGUGGAGGAGGCCUUUGCUGGGGACAGCAAGCACGUGGUUGAAGAAAUGAUUGCAGAUAUACGUGAUGUUUUUAUAAAAACCUUAGAUGAACUUACCUGGAUGGAUGCAGAGACCAAAAAGAGAGCAGAACAAAAAGCAAGAGCAAUUAGAGAGAGGAUUGGUUAUCCGGAUGAGAUCGUGACGGAUAACGACAAGCUCAACAGUGAGUACCAGGAGUUGAACUACAAAGAAGAAGAAUACUUUGAAAACAUUAUUCAAAAUUUAGUAUUUACCCAGAAGAAAAGGUUGAAAAAGCUUAGAGAAAAGGUGGACAAAGAAGAGUGGAUAAGUGGAGCUGCUGUUGUCAAUGCUUUUUACUCAGCAAGUAGGAAUCAGAUAGUCUUCCCUGCGGGCAUUUUGCAGCCCCCUUUCUUCAGUGCCUCCCAGCCCAAAUCUCUGAAUUACGGCGGCAUAGGAAUGGUCAUCGGGCACGAGAUCACGCACGGCUUUGACGACAACGGCAGGAAUUUUAAUGAGGAUGGAGACCUCGUGGACUGGUGGACUGAAGAAUCAGCACGGAAUUUCAAGGAGCUCUCCCAGUGCAUGGUGUACCAGUAUGGGAACUUCUCGUGGGACCUGGCAGGUGGACAGAACCUGAGUGGAAUCAACACACUAGGAGAAAACAUUGCUGAUAACGGGGGUGUGAGACAAGCAUACAAGGCUUAUGAAAACUUUGAGAGAAAACACGGAAAAGAAAAACUUCUUCCUGGUCUCGACAUGAACCACAAACAGCUGUUUUUUCUGAACUUCGCACAGGUGUGGUGUGGGACGUACAGACCGGAAUAUGCAGUGAACUCCAUCAAGACAGACGUGCACAGCCCAGGCAGAUUCAGGGUGCUGGGGUCACUGCAGAACUCCCCAGAGUUUUCAGAAGCCUUUUCAUGCACCACGAGAGACAACAUGGACCCUGCCAAGAAGUGCCGCGUUUGGUGACGGACUGCAAACCUCACAUCUCAAGGAGCUUUCCAGGAAAAGAGACCUUUCCAGCUGAUUUUGAGAAGGGGAGGAGGGAAGCAAGCUGAGUGGAACAUGCUGGAGACAUGGCUGUAAUCCUCGGUAAACAUGCAAACCCCAAAUCAUGGCCCAUGGCAGCACGGAAGGCAGCGCGGGGCUGCCUGGCUGGCUGUUUCUCCCCGCAGGACCCAAGUCCCUGGCAGUGCACAGGCACACCUCACUGCAGCUGUGACCUGCCCCGCAGCCCGUGGCUUUUGGGAUGCAUUCCGAAACGGCAAAGUGUAACACAUGAUCUCCCCCGGGUCCGUGAAUGCAGAUUUCUCAUCAGGGAGUAGGAAGGACUCAGUAAGACACAUUUUAGCCAUCAUAACACGACAGAGAGACGACAGUUUAUAUCCCAGUGUCAGACUCUGUACCCUCUGCUGUUGUGGGAAAUCUGUUCUACCAAAUGUUUUCAAUUUUACUUGAAACCAUUUAUACAAGAGGAGUCCAAGACCUGCUGUACUUAAGUUACUUCUCACUAAUUACUCCAGCGUGUAUUACCUGAAGUCCCUAUUUACAACAGUUAAUUUACAGCUUUCCAGCCCAACUGAAAUCAUAGGUAAUUUAUUAAUUUCUGUAGCUAUAAUCUGUAAGAUUGUGAUCAAAGACCCUUUCACCAUUUUCUAAGCUUUAUCUUGCUUUCUCUAAAAUUUCUCUUUUUAAAGUUUCUAGUAAUGUAUAAAUCAUAGUUUUUAUAUUUAAAUCUCGAGCUACACUUUUGACUUGAAGUAUUGUAACAUAUUUUAUCAGUGGCUGCAUAGAACUGGGAAAUUGGACUAAAGCAUGGUAUCGGACAAUAAGAUAAAGCCUACAAAACUGAGUUCUCCAAAGGAGGGCACAAGCAUUGGAGUUUUCAGGCUGACCGUCAGUGCUUAGGCUCUGAUCCUGCACAUAACUUGUAUGUGUUCUGACCAAUGGCAGUCCUCACAUCAGGAAAGCUGCACAGCUGAUUGCAAGAGUCUGAAGGAGCUUUAAGUAAGAGGGUAAAAGGCUUUAAAUCUGCAAUGAUAUGUAUUAAACAUCCUCAUGCAGAUUGCAAAGGAACUUACUGCUUUGUUUAUCAAAGCAAAGACAUUUCCAAACCAAGUACCAGAUACCUCAGAUGACUGCUACAAUAGGUCUAUUUAAAAACCUAUGUCCUUUUAGCCGAGUUUGUCAUCUGAUCAAAACAUUUUGAUAAUAAACUGAAAUUAUGAGCCAAA